AUAGGCUAACGACUAGUAACUUAUGAAUUAUUCGCUAUCAACUCAUUGAUUAUAAACUAACUUAUCAAUUUUUACCAAAUAGAUAGAGCCGGAUGUAAUUAUUGCGGGUGUUGGAAAUGUCCAAGUAACUGCGUUCAUAUCGACAGUACAACCCAAAUUACUUCAACUUUCAUAGUUCACUUCUUCACUCUUCCCGCUGUUUCUGUUUAGCGAAACCCAUUUCCCGAUAAACCCUUUUUCUUCCAAAGUUUGAAUCUUUUCAGCUUCUUAUGGAACAUCAACCCAAAACCGAACCUGGGUUAGGUUCAACUGACCAAACUAACUUGGAAGCCAUGACCAUUCAGGAACUUGUUUCAGUGUUGCGCACAGCUUUUCUGACAGAAGACUUUGAUAGAGUUGAAGAUGUUUUAGUCAGUAGAUAUAACAAACUCCAAACAGAGAAUCUACAUCUUCAAGAGAAGUUUGAAUUGGAGAAACUGAUGAGGUUUCAAGCUGAGGAAGAUUUGAUGAAAAGAGAGGAACUUUGUGAAAAAGGGAAAAAAGCACAGAAUAAUUAUGAAACAUUGUUGAAGGAAGUUAAGAAAAGUAGUUUAGUUGACACAAACAUCAUUGGAGAGCUAAGAAAGAAGAAUGAUGAAUUGGAGUUGGAAGUUUGUGAGCUGAGAAAGUUGAAGAAAAGAUGGAUGGAUGAUAGCAGUGCUCUUUCUGAACUAAUUCACAAAAGAAGCAAGGAUGCUCAAGGUGCAUCAUCGUCAUCAGUGACAACACAAACUAGAGAAGCUACGAUUGAUGCUGCCCAUUCUGGACAUGGAUAUUCUACUACCAGUUUAUGUAGGGAGAGUGCAGCAAAACAUGCACCUAUAGUAGAGAAUGACAACCUUCAUGUCUUAGAGGAGGUCAUUGUGACAGAUAGUGUUGUUGUCCCUCCAUCAGACAUGCAGGAACAAAUGGUUACACAAAACAAAGCAAAGAGAAAAAGGUUUGCCACGAACGCAUCUUCUAACUCCUUUGACAACUUCCACUUCAUAUCAUUGGUCCAUCAAGAGCGCUAUUCUAAGUUUAUGGCCAACAGAAAGUUUGUGCCUGAAAGAAAUAUUCGGUUGGAAGGGGACAAAUUCUCGGAUAUUCAAGCAAUGAUAGUGGCCAGAGGAUGGGUGGAAUUGACAUCGUUUGCAAAAGAGGCUAGUACGACAUUAGCUAAAGAGUUCUUUGCAAAUGCCUAUCAGGGUCCUUCUAAAGAAGAUGGGAAUGAUAAGAAUGAUCUGAUGCAAUUCACUAGUUUUGUCAGAGGGAAGAUGGUACCAUUUCAUGAUGAAAUUAUCAACCAAUUGUUUGGGCUUGAAAACUAUGAGCAAUGUUCCUUUGAAGCAAGAAAGGCCAAGGGUUCUAAAAUUGAUCAUCAGGAGAUUCAUAGUACUUUGUGCAAGCCCGAGGCGGAUUGGGUUAGGAAAAAAGACGGAUCACCAUUAAAACUUCGCACUAUUGACCUCACACCCAAUGCUAAAGCAUGGGCAACAUUUGUUUUGCAUACCUUGCUCCCGUGUUCAAAUGUGUCAGACUUGCCGAUUCAGAAAGCAACCUUGCUGACUGCAAUCAUUAAGGGUGAACCUGUCAAUGUUGGCCGUCUCCUGGCAGAUGACCUUUGGAGCACAGCGAACUGUUCUUCUCCCACGAGCUACAUCAACCAUGCCUCACUGAUCAGCAAGCUUUGUGAAAGGGUGGGGGUAUACCCUGAAAAGAAUGAGGAAAUGAUGAUGCCGUAUGGGUCAAUCACCGCGAAAUGGAUAGAAAAAAACUCCACUGCAUCAAGUAAAAUAUCUGUGCAUCCGCACAAGUAGCGCAAUGCUGUUUGUAAUGUUUAAGGUAUAUAUUAUAGAGUAGUAAUCUUUAAAGUUUUGUUAUAAAAAAAAAAGAGGGAAGUUAUUGGAAAUUGAUUGGUGACACAUGAACCAUAUUAAUCUGAACAUGAAAUUGUACUGACAACAGAGUCAAGAAAUUAUCUAAUUGCAUUGCAUAUUGUAAACAUGUCACUGCAUAGAUGUUUAC